AUGAACGACGACGUCGGCGACCUGGUCCGGGAGGAGGCCGCCGCCGCAACGGCAGAGGUCAACGCGGCCCUCCAGAGCUUUGUGACCGAUCCCGGAUCCUCCGGUGGAGACUUCGACAAGGCUCAGCGGCGACGGAUCAUUGAAGCCGCAACUAAGCUCAUCAAUGCCGUAAAGGAGCCCGCAGAUGAAUGGUUCGAUACCACACUACAAGUUGCACAGCUCGGUGCGAAGAGACUGUUCGCGGAGUGGAAGGUAUAUGAUCAUAUCCCGCUUGAAGGGAGCAUCUCGUACGGUGAGCUGGCAGGGAGGGUUGAUGCUGAAGAGUCAUUGAUAAGACGAAUUGGAGGUGUGCUCACAUCAAUAAACUUCCUGGAACAAGUCGGAGACAACUCGGUUGCCCACACCAAACGCUCGCGCGUUUAUGUUGAGGCCCACCCAAUAGGCCAGAUCUUUGGCAUGGCCUGGGACAACGGUCUAGUGCCUUACGUGCACAUGCCGGCCUACUUCGAGAAGUACGGCCGCAAAGAGCCGCAAACCCUCAACCACGUUCCUGGCACGUACGCUUACGGCGUACCAGAAUACAGCUUCUAUGAGAUGCUACAGCACGACCCUCCACGAAUGCAGAAGUUUCUGCGCGCCAUGGGGCCGAUUGAGGAGAAGAUGCCCAUAUCGGGGAUUUAUGACUUUGGCUGGGUGAUCAACUAUGCUAAAGAGUACCCUUCCUCGGAUCGGCCAUUAUUUGUCGACGUCGGCGCGGGUAGGGGGCAGUCCAUCAAGGCGAUCCACCGCGAAUUUCCUGGACUGCCGUUGGAGAGGUGCGUUCUGCAGGAUCGACUGGAGGUGGUUGAGGCCGUGAAGAAGCUGGAUGAUGAGGAUAUGAGGCUUGUGCAGAAGCAGGUCAUCGACUUUCACAAAGAGCAACCCGUCAAAGGGGCCCUCACAUACUGGAUUCGUCGAUGUCUACACAAUCACGGCGAUGAGAUUAGCGUCAAUAUGCUCCGCAUCAUAACCGAGGCCAUGACAGAUGACAGCCGGCUCCUGAUUCAAGAGGACGUGAUGGGUAAUCCGCCGCACUGGACCGCGACGAUGCUCGACUUCAUGAUGCUCACAUUCGGCGGCAAGCAGCGUACUCUCGAGUGCUGGAAAAGAAUUCUAGGGGAGGCUGGGUUGGAGAUCAAGGGCGUGUCAAUGGGCGACGGUCCGUGGCGACACUUGGCUGUAAUUGAAUGUGCCAAGGCAGAGAAGUGA